AUGUGGCACGUCAUCGUCUCUGUUGGACUUGUCAUAGGGAUCGGAUCUGGCUUCAUUUACUGUUCGGCGAUAGUCAUCGUAACCAUGUAUUUCGAGAAGCGACGAUCUCUAGCCACGGGAAUCGCCGUCACUGGAGCAGGACUAGGUACAGUGGUGUUCCCACCCAUCAACGAUUAUGUCAUAGUUCGGCAUGGAUGGAGAGCUGUAUUUCUCGUAUUCGUC